UGUGUAGAUUUGAAAACACUGUGUGGGAGGGGACAAAAGCGAGAUAAAAGACCUGCACGCACGUGAAAGACAUUCAUUUAUCACGCAGUGAGACCAUCGCUACAGUCAGACAUCAUGCUGGGACGGAUUGUUCUGUUAUUUUGCUUGGCAGCUUUGGCAUCCGCCGCUGUCAUCCGUGAUGGAUCUCAAGAGCCUAACUGCUCUCUUUACAACCUCCCCAUGUGCACACGAGAAUACAACCCUGUGUGUGGAACCGAUGGAAACACAUAUUCCAAUGAAUGCUCAUUGUGUCUUGAUAACGUGGAACUAAAGGUCAACAUAUUGAUCUCGAGGAAGGGUGAAUGCUGAGACAAAAGUCCACCUGUUUCUCUCCGGGACGUGGCAUGAGAGGGUGGCACAUUUAUCUCGGUUUUUGUUUUUAAAACAAAAUAAUUGGUUUUAAUAUUAACAAGUGUUUGUUUGAUUUUGACAUUGUAUGUCUGUCAUGUUUUGUUUUUAAAACAUGGAUCUAAUCCUUAAAUAAAGCCUUAUAUGAGUCA